AGUAACCAUAGUUUCUAUUUUAUCGUUGCUGGCUCGCACUCGCAAUCAAUUCAUAUAUCGGUUUAUCAGUUGUACUAAACACGCGAUAGUUUAUCGCACAUUCGACAAUAACAUUGGAAACGAUACGACCAUGAUUGCUGGCAUUCAACACAAACCGGUUGGAGUAUUCUGGGAUAUCGAAAAUUGUUCCGUUCCGAAGAACAAAUCACCAUCGGACGUUAUUGCCCACAUCCGGAAUUUCUUCGUCUUCAAUCGUCUGAACCAUCGGGAAUAUGAGUUCAUCGUCUCGUGCGACGUAACCCGAUUGAGAAAAGAUAUACCGGAGGACAUCAAUAAGGCAGGUGGCGUAACAUUGGCUCAUGUUAAUGGGACCAGUAAGAAUGCAGCCGAUGAAAAGUUGCGUGAGAACAUGAAGAAAUUUGUUGAUACUCAUGCGUCAGGUUCGAGUCCGGUUCUGAUUCUUAUUUCUGGUGACAUUGACUUCGUAAACGAUCUUCGCGGCUAUCAAACGAGACUCGGCUGCACUAUUGUCUUGAUUCAUGCUGCAAAUUGUUCGUCACAGUUUAAAGUCGGAUGGAAUGAGACUUACUGCUUCACCAGUUUCUGCUCAGCCGUUAAAGAUAAUCCAGCUAACGGAUCAACCGCAACUUCCAAAAAUAUGCCAAAGAAACCAAACCAAAAAAGCCAGAAUGGGCAACCGAAUGAAAAUCAACCUCAAGGUGGACCAGCUAACUCGAAACCUCAAGGUGGACCGAAAGUAAAUCCGAAAAAUCAACCAGCACAGCCUGAACCACGGUCUAAACUAAACGAUCAGAAACCAUAUCGUCCAUCUCAACCUGGAAAUAAGAAUGAGACGGCACAACAAUCGGCCCAUUUGAAUCAAAGGGAGAGAACUCACAAUCAUACGAACGGUAUGCCACCAUUUCGUCAUCCCGGUCCAAUUCCCCCACAACAUCAAGGUCAACGAUUUCCUUUUCCUUCACAAAACCAAAAUCAGCGUUUUCCUGUACCAUCGCAGCACCAAGGCCAAUCUGUUCAAAAUCAAGGAUGGCAACCUGGUCAAGGAUCGAAAAAUAAACCGUUGAGAAACGGACCAGGCACGGACAAUAAUAAACCCUUCAAUAACGAGCAACAACCAACGAACGACAUUGGUACUAGUCCUGCAGCUGUACCUCCUGCUGAUAAACCAGCGACAAAUAAAUUCAUUUUAAUGGUCGGUGGUUUGCCCGGCAAAAUGGAUUUUAAAAUACUGAAAGAGAACCUACAGUUCCAAGCGAACAAAGUGCACGGAAAGGUCAAGUACGUGAAGAAUGGUCAAGCAUUCAUAACAUUCAAAAACAAAGCCAAUGCUGAUCGAGCUGUGGAACUUUUCAAUGGAAAACAAGUGUUUGGCAAAACGUUGAAUGUCUCUUUCACCAAAAGUAUUCCGUUCGAGAAUCAGCCGAAUGACAAACCGACAUUAGGUUCUGAUGCAUCUGCUACUUCUAUGGUUAAAAAAGUUGACGUUGCCGAAGGAUCAAAGAAAUCGAAAAAUAAAGGCCCUAACAAAGACGACAGUAAGGUACUAGAUCGAGCAGUAUCCGGUUCGAAUGUGAAUUUGAGCAAUGAUCCUGUGUUAGCUGGACUUGGAUCGAUUAUCGGCGGCAUUGUUGCUAAUAGAAUAGCAGCUGCAAAUCCUGGUAAUAAAAGUCCAGAAUCUUGUCCCAUACAAUAAAUGAAGCAGCAAGCAAGAUACUAAAAUGGACAGCGAUUGAUGAGAAUUCAUUUCCAUCGUCAAUCGAUGCACCAUUCAAUUUGCAAAUAUUCUUAAUAAACGACUCGUCAUUGGGAUGGUUUGCAUGUUAGUGAACCAGUUUAUUAAGUUAGUGAUUUUUAGCAACUGGCAACGCGAAAAUAAUUGGUUGCACAGUGUUUAUAAUCUAAAUUUGUCGCGAGUCGACUCUUUUCGACUUGGAAUUUCUUUUUAAAAUUUUGAAUUUUCUAAUUUUGGAGAGAUCAGGAUUGGGAUAUCAAUUUGAUUUUUUCAUAUUUUUUUUGGUGGUGUGGGUCAUAUAAUUGUUUUGGUCUUUAAAUAUGAAAAAUCUAUCGAAAUUUGAAGAAUGAAAUAAAAUUUGAUUUGAACAAA